GGAACAGAACAGACGAUUUGUCACCGUCCGCUGGUUUCAUAUUUCUCGUGAAAUGGUUUGAUUAUUUUGAUUACCAAAAUUUUUAAGUUUUCUGAAUUAAUUAGGUUGAAACAAAGUACAGUUAUUCAAAAUGCAGAACCCAAACGAGGAUACAGAAUGGAACGAUGUCCUGCGAGCCAAGGGGAUACUGCCUCCAAAAGAGAAAGAGAUUUCCGAAGCGGAAAUCGUGAAUAUGAUAGAACAGACCAUACAGGCAAAACAAGCUGAAAAAGAAAAACAACUAUCAGAACUUGACUUAGAUGGUCUCGAUGAGCUGGAAGAUUCCGAAGACGAAGCAGUCAUAGAGCAAUACCGUCAGAGACGCAUUGCGGAGUUGAAGAGGUUGGCAGAGAAGCCGAGGUUUGGGGGUGUACAGGAGAUAUCUGGACAGGAUUAUGUGCAGGAGGUGAACAAGGCUGGGGAGGGGAUAUGGGUAGUUAUACAUUUGUAUAAACAGGGCAUCCAGCAAUGCGCACUGAUAAACCAAUACAUGAACCAACUAGCAUCAAAGUUCCCGUACACCAAAUUCCUGAAAGCAAUUGCGCAGACAUGUAUUCCCAACUUUCCUGAGAAGAACCUUCCCAGCAUAUUUGUGUACUUUGAAGGAGACUUGAAGAAACAGUUUGUUGGACCUCAUGAGUUGAGAGGAACUGCACUUACUUUGGAAGAAUUCGAGUACAUCCUGGGCCAAGCGGGUGCAGUAAACACAAAAAUCGAGGAGGAUCCGAAGCAAAGAAUCAAAGACAAACUUUUCACAGAUCUUGGAUCUAAUGAUUGGUGAUACAAACAUGGGUAGUUGCAAUUAACUAGUAUGGACUAUAUAAUAUUUUCUAGCCUUUUUUUUGUCAUGCGAAUUUUUCGACACAUCUACGGAGUCGAAUUUAAGCUGCCAUCCUUUUCGCGGAAUGCACCCAUGUCCAGAAGUUUUAGUACUGUUCUGUCUCGCUGGAGCCAAACUCAAGAUGCUAUCAGUUUGGUGCACAAUCAGUGCGAAAUUCGUGUGACAAGAAAAAAGCAGCAACAGAUGUUUGUUACUGACAAUUAUGUAAAUGUUGUGUAAAGUAUUAUGAAAUGACUUAUUUUCGUUUGGAAUGUAACGCGUUUCACUUUGGAAGUGGUGUCACUGGCAUUCAAUUUAGUAUGAAAUAUGUAUGAAAUGCAUUUUUAUGUAUGUCAAUAGUAAUAAACAGGUUUUAAGUCCGAUAGAAAGUGCGUAUCGUUAUGUCAAUCAGAUUUCGAGACGCAUUUCUAACUUUUGUAUUAAAAGAGUAUAAUCAUCGGAAACUAAUAAUACAAUCUCAAAUGAGUAAGACUCGAUUUUUUUGGACUUAACAAUCUUAAGCCAUAGUUUUAAGGCAGUUUACCCCGAGAAUGAGUAAGAAGGUUUACUUUAUUUACAAUAUUAUUUAUUUCAAAUAUGAUACAACCUGAAAGAGCUAAAAUCCAAGCAAGCAGAAACUGUACAAUAAUGACCUUUGGUAUUAAAUUUUUGUUUCACUAUAGAAACCUCAUAAUUGGCAUUUUGAAUAUCCACCUGAAUUUUAUUAUAGAAUAUAUACGCUUUUAAAUAAAUUUGU